AUGAUGGACAACGCCCAGAGCCAGAUGUCGGCCGCGAGUCUGGAAGGCUUCCAGCAACAGGCAGCGGCCGUUUACGCCACCAUGCCAGCCACCAGCGAGCUCUAUGUCGCUGCCAGCAGCGUGGAUGCCAGCGCGGUCGGCGACACCCUCACCAGCUUUCAGGACCCGGCACAGGCAGCGGUGGCCGUUGCGGGCGCGCAGGCGUCGAUGGCGGCAUCUUCCUCUGCUCCGGUCUUCAGCGGCGGCGCGCCGAGCGCCUCCGCCCCGCCUCCGGAGCAGCCCGACCCCACGCAGGGCGGCGGCCGCUGA